UAUACGAAAAAAAUCCCAUUAUAACGACAUAAUCCAUGAAUUCUUAAAUGCUCAGAAGAACGCAAUUGCCCAAACGAACAUGGCUCUCUCCUUAACCCUCCGAUCUUAACGGUCACUUCUCCACAAAAAUACCACGAUCAUCCAAAAAUGACGGAGUCACCCUCCCAAGGCGCCAACGAUGUUGCUACUACUAAUCCUAGCGUUCCCGAGAUCCCAAUUGAGAUCGUCUCUGAAGAAGAGAUGGCUCUUAUUGAAGCAGCGCUGGCAGCAACUCGCUCCUGUCUCCCCUCCUCUGUUUUCCCUGCAAUUUGUUCGCCUUCUAGCUCCUCUCUGUUUCUAAAUAAUGCUAGGUCAAUCCGCUCAAUCACUUCCCUGUCCAAGAGGAGAGUUCCAGGGGGUUGCAGUGAAUCUGAUAUUGAGGAUUUGGGGAGUACUCAGAAGAAGAAUCCAGUGGCUGAGUCAUUAUUUCAUAGGUUUAGAAAGAGGAGGGGUUUGUCUGUCACCGACAUCACUUCCGCGGAAUGGUGUGAAAAACAAACGGAAUUUGGUCUUCUAUUUGGCAAAAUAAAAAUCACUAAAGCUAUGAAAGCAGGCCAUGAUCGCCACGUAAAACUGGAAGAAGAGGUUGUUAAAAGAGUUAAAGUUAGUGUUGAAUCAGCGGAAGAUGCAUGGGCUCUGAAGUUCAUAAAUUUCAUAACUUGCGCAAAUCAAUUAUUGUUUGAAGGACUAACACGUGAGCUUCCACUGGUAGGAUUUUCAGGUGGUGUAUGGAUGGUGGGAAUAGUUGAUGAGAUUCGAAUGCCUGAGGGAGAAAAUAGAAACCCAAUACUAGUGGACACAAAAACUCGUGUUCGUGAGACCCUUCCUGCUGAACCACAAAGGAGAAAUGGAAGGCUACAAUUGAUGUGCUAUAAACAUUUGUGGGACAAUUUGGUUGCUGAUAAAUUCUCCUCCAAAGAUUUUUUUGAUUUCUUUUCCUUGAAUCCAUACUACAUCUUGGCUAAAGAAAUCAGGGAGAACACUGCUAAAGCAGGAAUCCCAGCAAAGACCCUUGACGAUGUAGUGAGAUACUUCAGGAAUACGUGUAGUAUGCUUCUCCCUGCUGAUAACCAGAUGUUAUUGAGAUAUGAAUUGCAAAAAGACAACUCUGUGAUCGGUGAAGAUCAAUUUGCAUAUGAUCCUGAUUGGCUCAAUGGUCAAAUUCAGGGUUCUCUCAAAUUCUGGCUGGGUGAAAGAGAAGCCAGUUUGACUCCUGAGGAAGAGCGGUGGAAAUGCCGGUUUUGUCAAUUUGCUUCAGUAUGCCCUGUAAACACCACUCCUGGUACAUCAAGCCCUUAAAGAGCAACAGCCCUAAUAGUAGUCCAAGCUAGGUGACGAUGCCAACUUUCAUUCUUUGAGGUUGUUUGAAUCAGCAGUCUCGUCAAUAAUUGUUUGCAUCUUGACAUGGAAGUUCCUGCAAAGAUGCUUCAUAAUUUUAAGCUUCUUUGAAGCAUGUUAAGCUGUUAGACCAUACCACUGCCAUUAUAUGCUAGUGUUAUAUAUUAUACAUGUAAGAAAAUUUGUUGUAAGCUUCCAUCAUCCCUUGUUAUGAAGUUGAGUUUAUUAUUUAACAAUGUUGUUGUAAAAUUCAAUUGUUAUUUAAUAACAGUUCAUUUUAAAGCAGGAAAUUCUCUUUCUCAA